AUGGCUGUCAAAGAUAACGGGCAUAUUUUUGUCUCCAUAGCGAGCUACCGCGACUCUCAAUGCCAGUACACCAUUCGCGACAUGUUUGAAAAGGCAAGAUUCCCUGAGCGUAUAGUUGCGGGUGUGUGCCAUCAAGUGGCACCAGACGAUCAUGAAUGCUUCAUGCUGGACCUGGACCAUUGGGCAUCACAAAUUCGCACUUACUUCUUGCCGCACACGGACUCCAAGGGGCCUUGCUUUGCACGCGCGAUGAUUCAAAAACAUCUCAUGCAAGACGAAGAGUUCUAUUUCCAGAUUGACAGUCACAUGCGCUUUGUCCUGCACUGGGACCAGGUUUUGCUGGACCAGUUGGACGCCUGCCCCAGCCCGCGUCCGGUUAUAACCAGCCUGCAGGCGUCCUACGAGCUGCCGCGGGACUACCAGCCGGGCGAGCCGGACCGAGCUGCGCUCAGCCGGCGCCACGGGAUGACGCUGCUUUGCGCUGACAAGUUUGGGGACCAAUGCCCGGGGCAAGAUGAUGCAUUUCUGCGGAUCGGCAGCCGGCUUUGCCUGGGCGAGGUGUCAUCGCCACCUCCGGCACUCUUUUGGACAGCACGGUUCCAUUUUUCGAGGUCUUUGGCAGCGCGGAAGUGUCCCUACGACCCCUACCUGGACUACAUCUUCUUCGGCGAGGAGAUCUCCAUGGCUGCGCGGCUGUUCACCUCCGGCUGGGACUGCUUCAACCCAACAAAGGUCAUCUGUUAUCAUCUGCAGUCUCGCUCCCAUCGGCCCUUCUACACUGAGGUGCAGCGCUCUGAGUUGGCCGCUAGGCGGCAUCGCCACGCCCAAGCGCGGCUUUACCGCUUGCUGGGCGUUGAGCGCUUUGCACGGGAGCCAGCGCCAGCGCCCGCGACGCCGUAUGGCCUGGGCACGCGACGAAGCCUUGCAGAGUACGAGUCCUUCUGCGGAGUCAGCUUCAAGGAGCAUCGGGUCAUGCCGCGCGCGCGGCGCGGUGGGGAGCUGGCGGUGCUGCCAUGCUGGGCGGAGGAGUUGCGCCAGGAGAUGCUCGCCGGCCGGUGCUUUACCGACCCGGAGGUUUGGGCCGGCAGAGGCAAUGCCGACGCCCUCGCGAGGCAGUUCCCCGGCAAAAUCAAGAACGAGCGCGCAGAGCUGGAGGAGCAGAGGGCAGAGCUGUGCCAACAGUUGGCGGUGCGUGGCUCCAGCUUGGAACAACUGCUGCAGCGUAGCCAAGCGGCUGCGCAGCUCGCGCGGCUGCAGUGCCAGCUGCAGGACUUCUCCGGGGCCACGAGCGCGGCAUGGCAGUCCUUGAGAUUUUGCGAGGAGGCGGAGGUCCUGGCCACCGAGGCGGAGGCUAGAUGUUUGGUGCUGAUGGCUCGCGCCAAUGCUUUGGCUGCCUUGUGCAGGUGGCCGGAGGCCAAGCGUGCCGCCGGUGCCGCGCUCAGCCUGGCCCAGGGGGACGAGUUGGCUUUGGCAGCGGUGGAGCUUCUGCACCGGCUCCAUGAGCUGACGGAGGACCGGGCCGGGCUUGCAGCCUGCUGUGGCCGCCUGCGGGCGCUGUUGCCGCAAGCGGCGGUUGGAAAGAUGCCCAUGGUGCUGAGUGCUAGCCCACCGCCGGAGAUGGCGGAGACGUGCCGUGCGCGUUUGGUCGAGGCAGUGCUGCUCAGCCUGCUGGCCAGCGACACCCAGGAGGGCGAGGGCCUGGCGCGGGAGGUGCUGCAGAGCUGCGCGGGGGAAGUGGCACAGAGCACCGCGCUGCCUUGA